CACGGUAGGAAGACGGCUUGCUUUUAUGUCCCGAAAAUACUGUUCUGGCAGAAUUUCGUGGCGAGAAUCAAAUCGCCAGCAGACCUCAAUAACGUACGCGCGCAGGACCUAUCCAUCUGAAAUCCCCUUCAAGCAGAUCGAAACAGAUGGUGUUUACAAUGUCAGCAGACCUCAAGGCCUUAAGAUUGACUUUCUGUUUCACUGAUAUUUUUUUGCUGACUCGGAUGAUACACGCCGCGGGCGUACCCCACACAAGCAUAUCGGGGCUGGUUUUUGGAGCAUCAUGGGUGUCUCAUCUCCAUGCUCUGGAACCACGGUUCAUGGGCAAUCAUCAGGACGAACCCCGCGUCCAUGCACGACUUUGGAACCUAGACUGAUCUUCCGUAGUAUUGCACAGGCAUGAGAGCAUUCUUCUCGUCUCGCGGCAGAAUUGGGGGUGAGUAUAAACGGCGCACGCGACUCCCCGCCUAACUUAGCUAAGAUGCUUGCUUUACACCUGCUUCGUAUCAUAUCCCUCCAUAUUUCUUGACUGUAAGAGCUCCACUUUUCCCUUACUAACACUAUAGCUUACCAGCUGUUGAGCCAUCGAGGUUAUUUUUAUGCCUGAGCUUGUACUUGGCCAAAUAUAUCAUCAUCAUCACAUGACUCGGAUUAUCUCAGUUCAUAGAAAACUCUAGUCUCCCCUAGCCAGACCAGUACUUCGAAGGAAAAGAAUUACAAUCCAAGCACCUAUCGAUGGAUUCCCCAUCCGCAG